AUGGCCUCCCCAACUAUCCCCAAAGAAAUGAAAGCUUUGACUUCCUCCAACAAAUCCGGCACCGUUACAACAAUUCCCGUCCCCGAACUUCGCCCAACAUACCUCCUAAUCAAAGUCCACUCAGUCGCCCUCAACCCCACAGAUUGGAAGCACAUUGCAGGGGGCCUCCAUGGCGAUCCGUGGAGCAUCGUAGGCUGCGAUUAUGCCGGUACCGUUGUUUCAAUUGGCUCCGAAGUCACCAAGUCCUUCAAAGUGGGAGAUAAGGUCUUCGGCUGUGCCCACGGCUCCAAUUCCAGCCAGCCCUAUGACGGGGUAUUCGCCGAGUAUGCAGCUGUGAAGGGGGAUGUUGCUAUGCGCAUCCCCGACUCUGUUUCCUUCGAGGACGCGAGUACCAUCGGAUUGGGAAGCAUAACAGUCGGACAAGGAUUAUUCCAGCAGGGCAAGGGAUUGGGCUUGGAAUUACCAUUCGAGGGAAAAGGGAAUGACGAGUGGGUUCUCAUCUAUGGUGGUAGCACAGCGACUGGGACGCUGGGUAUCCAGUUUGCGAAGCUGGCCGGUUACAAGGUUAUUACUACGUGCUCACCGCGGAAUAAUGAGCUAGUUAAGAGUCGGGGCGCGGAUGAGGUUUUUGAUUAUAAUGACCCCGCGUGCGGAUCUAAGAUUAGAGAGUUGACCGGGGAUAAGUUGAGGUGGGCUUGGGAUACUGUUGGGAACGACUCCUCUGCCAAAGUCUGCGCGGAAGCGCUCUCCUCUCAUGGCAAUGUAUGCCAUUUUGGCACCAUUCUUACGAAUCAACUGCCGAGAGAUGACGGGGUUAAGUAUACGUCAACGCUGAUGUAUACGGUUUUCGGUGAGGAAUUUCUCAAAUUUGGACAAACUUUCCCCGCGAGCAAGGAAGAUUUUGAGUUUGGGAAGUAUUGGUUUGAAUUGACAGAGAAGUUGCUGAAGGAGGGGAAGUUGAAGAAUCAUCCUGCAAAGGUCGGCGAUGGUGGGCUGGAUGGUGUGUUGAAGGGGUUGAAUGAUAUGCAGAAUGGGAAAGUGAGUGGGCAGAAGUUGGUUUACAAGCUUUAG